UAUUGUUAGAGACCAUGAAUAUGGCAUUUAAAAGCUGGAUUUUUCUCAUAAUUUUGGUUGAUUCAGGAGAAACCUCGGCAGAAGAUAAGCCUUGUGAUUUGCCACUCAUAGAAAAUGGGAAGAUAGCCCAGUAUUAUUAUAGUUUUAAAAGUUAUUAUUUUCCAAUGAGUAAAGAGAAAAAGCUUUCCUACACCUGCGUCGCUGGCUAUACAACUGAAUCUGGGAGUCAAGAUGCAAGGAUAACAUGCACAGCAACAGGAUGGUCACCAGCACCAAAGUGUUAUAAAAAAUGUAGCAAACCUCUCUUGGAAAAUGGCAUCUUCUCUGAUACAAAAGUGUCCUACAAAAUAUGGGAACAAUUGCUAUACAGAUGUGCUUCCGGCUAUCAAACUCCAGGAGGUAAUGCUGAUGAAACAGUGCAAUGUCUUCCAGAAGGAUGGUCUUCUCACCCAAGCUGUGCUAAAAAGUUUGAGAGCUGCUUAGUACCAGACUUACAUCACGGCCACUACUCCACAACCCAGCGGAUCCUCAAACUGAAUGAAACACUGAUGUAUGAAUGUGAUGAGGGAUACCACACCAGAGGAGGAAACACUAUUGAAAAGGCAGUCUGUCGUACAUAUGGAUGGUCCCUUACUCCGAACUGCACUAAAGUAACAUGCUUCUUGUUAAGUGAGAUAGAACAUGGGGAUUUCUAUCCCAGGAAGAAAAGCUAUGAGGAAGGAAAUGUGGUUCAGUUUUUGUGUCAGAAAAAUUACUCUUUGAAUGGAUCUGAUUUAAUUCAGUGUUAUGAGUUUGGAUGGUAUCCAGAGCCUCCAAUAUGUGAAGAUAGAAGAAAUAAAUGCCCUCCUCCACCUCAGCCUCCCAAUGCCAAUAUACUCACAGAUUUAAGAACAUAUCAUAAUGGAGCCAAAGUACAUUUGGCAUGUCAGCUUAAUUUUACAAUGAGAGGAUCAGAAGAAAUCCAGUGUGAGAAUGGAAAAUGGACUUCACCCCCAAGUUGCAUUGUUUUAGAAGCCAAAGAAAAAAUACCAUGUGAUCAGCCACCUCCUAUUGAGAAGGGUACAGCAAUAACUGAGGACAAGAUGUAUUACACAGGAGACACUAUUAGAUACAAUUGUGAUCAUGGCUACAGGAUAAAUGGAUCAAGUGAAAUAACCUGUAAAAUGGGAAAAUGGACAUCACCUCCUAAAUGUAUUGAAACACGGGAAACCUGCCCCUCUCCACCUGCAAUUAAAAGUGGUGCUAGUUUUGGACCAUUAUUGACAAACUACACAACAGGUUCCUCAGUAAAAUACAGAUGCCAUCGGUAUCACAUAUUGGAGGGUCCUGAAACUGUUCAUUGUGUACAAGGAAAGUGGACAGCUCAGCCAACUUGUUUAGAACCAUGCACUCUUAAUGUGGAUGAUGUGAGCAAUAAUAACAUAGAGAUGAAAUGGAGACUGGAAGGAGAGUUAUUUUUCCUGCAUGGUGAAACGAUAGAUUUUGUAUGUAAACAGGGAUACUAUUUGUCAUCCUCCAGCAGGCAGUCUCAGCUAACAGUACAGUGUACCCAUGGAAAAAUCAUAUAUCCAACAUGCAUUAUGAAAGAUCCCAAAGAAAAAUGUGGCUCCCCCCCUAUUAUUAAGAAUGGAGAUGUUAUUGACCCACGGCUGACAGAAUAUGAGAGUGAUUCUUCAGUUGAAUAUACUUGUUUUGAUCAUCAUUUUUUGCAAGGGUCCAAUAGAGUCUAUUGUUCCAACGGACAAUGGACUACCCCACCAGAUUGCAUAGAACCAUGCAUUUUAUCGAAGGACGUAAUGGACAAAAAUAACUUAAUACUGAGAUGGAGUUUUGAUGACAAAUCUUAUUUUUUCCAUGGGGAAUACAUUGAAUUUCUAUGUAAAGAGAAUCAUUAUGGAGCACCAUCAACUUCAGUGUUUGAUUUUAGAAUACAGUGUAGCAGAGGACAGCUGACAUAUCCGAGAUGUGUUGAGAGAGGAAGGUAAGAUGUCAACAGCACUGAUGCUUCAAGGGCUGUGAAAGAAGCCACAUUUUAUUUAGAAACCCAAUAAAACGUUACUAAACUAUUUUUAAAAACAAAGUGUUUGACCUUGUAGCCCACUUAAAACUUAAACAUGUAUUUACACUGGAUAUUUUCUUGGUUUAUGAACCUUAAAUAAAAAAGUCAUGCAAAAAGCUUUAUUUGGUCUGUUGAUCGUCUUUUGGUAAUUCAAACCAUUUUCAGUUCAGUAAAACUGUCCUUAAUAUCAAGCAUAGACCAUAUACUUUCUCAUAACAUUUGAGCCUUGGACUGUCCCCUGAACUGUGCAUGGAGAUCAUGUAGCUGGGGUUUGAACCUAACACUUAAGAUUUGGGGAAAAUCCAAAGAAUUUAGAUUUUUUUUUUCCCCAAAUCCAUUACAUGCAGGGCCGGUGCAAGGAUAUUUCACGCCCUAGGCGAAACUUCCACCUUGCGCCCCCCCUCCGGCCCGGGGAGCCAGGGCCACUCUAGAUAUUUUGGUGCCCUACGCAGCCCCAGGCCUCUGCGGGGGGCUGUGUGGGGUCCCACCCCAGGCCUCCACGGGAAGGGGGGCUGGUCUCAGGCCUCUGGGGGCAAGGGGGGGUUGGCCCCUUCCUGCGGGAAGUGGAGCGACCCGGCCCCAGCCUGCUCUGCUCCCCUGGUUCCCAGCCGCGCUGCCGGUGAGUGCGAGAGAGCGGUUCCCCCCUUCCCCCAAGCCUGGGAGCCAGGGGAGCAGAGCAGGCUGGGUCCAGGUCACUCCACUUCCCACAGGAAGUAGGCAACCACCUGUCCCCCACGGAGGCCUGGGUUGGGAACCAGAGGAGCGGAGCAGGCUGGGGCCGGGUCGCUCCAUUUACCAUGUGGUCAGUGCAGGGUCGGGCCUGGCUGCAGUCUUCAGGGGAGUGGGGGCGGGGCCUGGGGGGGGUUGGGGCAGAGCAGGUGGCGGAUCCAUGGGGAAGAGCCGUACAGCCCCCUCUGCGGCAGCUCCCCACCUGGGGAACCCCCCAGCAGCAGCUCCCAGCC